UUAGGUGAUAUGAUCUCGCCAGACCCUUGAGAGUAAUUUUCAAUAUUUGCUAUUUAACACUUAAUUGAAUUUAUUCCAGUGGGGUAAUUUAGCUGAGUUGAUUUACCAGUGUUGAUACUUUUAAAGCAUGGAAAGAAAGUCAUAUGUGGGGUGAAAUGUUUCAUUGACAUUAGACUACUGAUGAAGGUCACGUGACAAAUCUACUCCACGAUGAGCUGUACGUUGGUUGUUUUUGUUACCUUCGUAUAUCUGGCGGUCCUUCUUAGGCCAGUUGAAUCUGGUGGAAAAUUUAUGUUGAAAAAAAACACGGAUGGAACAUAUCUUCUUGUACCAGCGCCUGCUAACGCCAGUACUGAAUCGACUGUAGAUCUUAACAACCUUCCUCCCAUAGCUGUCGCGAGUAGUGCCCCUAUGGAGGCCCCUGGGGUAAAUUCUCAGUCUACUCCCGUACCCGCGCAGCAAAAUAGCCCUGCCACGCCGGCACCUGCAGAAGUUAAGCCACCAGCACAACCAGCUCCAUCGUCAGCUUCUCCUGUUGGAUGUAUCAGUGGCUCCCAGUGUAAAGUGAAGGUUUCACAGAAUGUGAUGACUCUUGCCCUGAAGGGAAAAGACGGGGCAAGUGGAAAACCUGGAUCGAAGGGAGCCCCGGGACGACCCGGACCUCCCGGACCGGCAGGGCCUAAGGGGCCUAAUGGUGAACCAGGUGUUUGUCCGCCGUCUCCGUUUCAGUGUUCUCCUGGCGUGAUAGCCACACUUCAAAAAAAGAUAAUGCAGCUGGAAAAGAUGUGCAAGAAGGGUGGCUCAGGCGGACCUGGUCAGCCGGACAAACCAAAGUGUGGCUUAGGAAGAUGUGCCGAUAAUCCAGCGAUCAAUUGUCAGGAGAUAUACACAAAGGACCGUGGGGCUGUAAGUGGGGCCUAUUGGAUAAAGGGCAUGUCAAAACCUUUUCAGACCCACUGUGAGAUUGAACCUAUGGUGGUUCGUGGCUGGACUCUCGUUGCUCGGGUCCCGGGAAGUUCCAACGAGUUUUCUCCGGUCAGCAAUACCUGGGCAACCGACAGCGUCAUCAACGACGAAACUGCACCGGAUACUAAUACACAAAAAGUUAUGAAAAAUGUGGGUUGGGCUGAUUUGCGCAGUAACAUACUACGAGUCUGCUUCGAUGGUCCGAAUACUCAUUGUGCAACAUUCACGCACGAUCGUAACAUGUCUCUUGCAGAACUGUUUAAUAAUCAGUUCGGAGUGACUGUAGAUGAGAGAUACACAAUGGAUAACUUGUCACGCGUGUUUGGUAAGAGCUGCGACCUGAGGCGCAUGGCAAAACAGUGGUGUGGCUUGAAUACUGCCAGUGUAUGCCACCCACAAGACAUCAACCCAAAUUUGAAUCCGACCAAUCAUAUUGCAAGGAUUGGCUGCCUAGGUGACCUAUUGAAGACCUGUGGGCCAAAUGAUUAUGCGCUUGGCAUCGGUACUCAUUGUGAAAUGAUUCGCGUGGAGCCAAAGGGAGACAUUCUCAAUCCAGACAAACCGGCCACAGCGCUGGGGGGCUGGACACUGGUAGCUCGAAUUAACGGUGGCAAAGACGAAUUUUCUCCCGUCAGUGAUAAUUGGGCAAAUACCAAAACGUUCAAUGCUGAAAGUUCGCCGGACACGACUCAAAAGACAUCGAUGAAAAACGAAGGCUGGUCCACAGUUCGCUGUAACAAGAUACUGGUAUGCUUAUCAGGUCCCACAACAAGCUGUGCACCGUUUACUCACAAUAAAAACAUGUCUCUGACAGACCUAUUUAAAACACAGUUUGGUGUCGUUCCAUCGGAGCAGUACACCUUCGCCACUCUUUUCAAAGCUUUUGGUAAAAGUUGCGACUUGUCUGUUCUUAGGCAAGGCUGGUGUGGGUUAAACUUAGCCAACACCUGUAAUCCUCAAAAGGAUAACCCUAACAUCACUCCUGUCAAGACAACCCACAUUGCCAGGAUAGGCUGCAUUGGUGACCAACAAGCUACGUGCUUUCCAGAUGAUUUUGCCUUUGGUGUCGGAGUCAGCUCGUGCAAGGAUGGCUAUGGUUGCUCAGCAGUCGGAAAAUCAAAAAAUCUUCAUUAUCGUUGUAAUUAUGUACAUGGUACAUUAAUGGAGACUGCUUAUCUUUAUGUUCAGUAAUUGUUAUUUGCGCAAAUUCCACGCGAGUUUCUGAUGCGUGCGUGCCUUCCUGAUACUUGCCUGAAAAAGGGAUACUGAGUUGGCGUGAUACUAGUAAAAUUCUGAGCUUUAGUCAAUUCGCUUUUUUACUGUAUCUCAGAGCUACCUCAACAGUUUUUGUAAAGAUAGAGUAGUUACACAAUAAGGAAAGGUUCUCGUUGGGUGUAUAUAACGUGUAAUAAGCAGUCUUGAAUUUCUCGUAUUUUCCACUUUUAUAAAGACUUGUACUGUUUCCUGUCGAUGUCAUAUUAUCUGUAUGAUUAAAACAUGCAAUAAAGUACUUAAAGAGUACCCAUUGUGUAACUUUUCAAUAUCAUGGCAUCGUAGCGGAAGACAGGUAAUGUGGUCUGACACACGUACGCCAAAAGGGAGAAUGGUUUAAUAGGACCUAAAUAUAGAGAUUUGGCCACACCUAAAAUCGAAGCUCCAGUUGGGUAACAAACACAUCCUUCAUUCAAGUUCACCAGAAACCAGAAGGUUUGAGGGAGAAAAGUUACAAAAAUGAACGAGGAAAAA